AUGAAGCUUGUUAAUGGUAAACCGCGACAUUCUCAGAGUCAGGGUUCAGUUGAAAGGUCGAACCAAGAUAUUUGUGACAUGCUGGUAGCGUGGAUGGCUGACAAUAAUACGGAAAAAUGGUCUGAAGGACUCCGAUUUACUCAAAGUAAGAAGAAUCGAGCUCUCCAUUCGGUAAUUAAGACAAGUCCUUAUGAGGCUAUGUUUGGAUCAGCGCAAAAGAUCGGACUUGCGGAUUCCUCUCUUUCCAGUGACAUGUAUUCUUCUAUAGAAACUGAAGAAGAAUUGGAACAACUUCUUUCUUCGGUAAAGAACAAUGAUCAAGAUAAGACUGAUGAAGAAGAAGUUAACGAACAAUCUAGUGAAGAUAAAAAUAUACCUCAAGCUGGAGAGGUUACACAAGAAUAA